AUGCUGACACGGAAAGGCUCCAGGUGGAAGGCGCUUCCAGUUAUCCCUUCUCAAAAGCAGAACGCGGACCUGUCCACUGAGUCUGCAGAUGUUGAAAAGGUGAUGGGAAAGAUCAUGCUGGACAGCCCCUCGCUGCCGACAGGGAGUAAUGACAAAACUGCUACCCAGGCGCUUGAUCCCAGAACCAUACUCCCAAAUACCGUCUAUACAACCACCCCGGUGACAGGGCUAAGAACGCCGCCACCGACACCAGAUAGUGCAAGCGGCAGCUCAGCAACGGCGAUUACCAUCACCAGACCGAUGGGCAGCGAUAGCACCGAGGAACUUCCGGUUCGAAACACUCGUCUCCAGGAGCGCAUGUGGCUCCAUCGACACUACCGUGGCGAAGCACCCUUCCUCGCAGCAUGGGGACUGGACAUUGCUUCUCAGCAGGAUCGAGAGGAAGGUGUGGGUAUAGUAAAGGAGUUGAUGCUGGAGGAGAGUAAGAGACGGGGAUAG